AUGGCGAUAGCAGAUCGCCUGUUUCGCGAAGUUGAACCUCUUGGGACGGCGGCUGUUGCCGAUGUAGUAGAAUAUGCAUUUGGAGACGAUAACGAGCUCGAAAAAAACGGACCUUUAGUUAUCGUUUGUAAUAGGAUACGAUAUCUUUCCAUGGGUGAGCCCUUCCUUGAUAGUCACUAUUUCCUGUAUCACAAUGAUGAGUCACAUUCUCGUCGAAGGAAGCGAUCGGCAGUGGAGCGAUUAGAAGCGCAUCCUGCCGUCGAAUGGCUUUCGGAACAAAGGGCUCGGCGGCGUACAAAACGAGACUAUCUGCAUAAUGAUUUCCAAGUUGUUGAGGGAGAAGGAAAGCGGCUGUCAAAACGAAACUCUUCGAAUUCGAGAAGCGUGUCUCCCAGUAGAGGUUCUCCCAAGCGGCGGCGUCAGGCAGUUCGUGAGAUUCCGCAUUUACCAUUCCCAGACCCUCUUUAUCAGGAUCAGUGGUACUUGGUGGGUAAAGCUGUGGGCAACUAUGAUAUGAAUGUGCGAGAGGCGUGGCUUCUUGGCUAUGCCGGACGCAACGUGGAUCAUCCAGAUUUGGUGACCAAUUACGAUCCCUUGGCAAGUACCGACAUUAAUGACCACGACGAUGAUCCUACGCCGCAAAACAAUGGCGACAACAAACACGGUACACGAUGUGCAGGUGAAGUUGCUGCUAUUGCUGGGAACAACUAUUGCGGAGUUGGUGUUGCGUUCAAAGCGAAAAUAGGAGGGGUCCGUAUGCUUGAUGGAGCUGUAUCUGAUAGUGUUGAAGCAGCAUCGUUAUCACUGAAUCAGGACCACAUCGAUAUUUACUCAGCAAGCUGGGGCCCGGAGGAUGAUGGUAAAACAUUCGAUGGGCCAGGGCCUCUGGCAAGGGAAGCGUUCUACAGAGGAAUUAAAAAUGGACGUGGAGGAAGAGGGAACAUUUUUGUGUGGGCUAGUGGAAAUGGCGGAUCAAGACAAGACUCCUGUUCGGCUGAUGGAUACACCACGUCCGUGUAUACGCUGUCGAUCUCUUCAGCCACGUACGACAAUCAUCGUCCGUGGUAUUUGGAAGAGUGCCCGUCGUCGAUUGCUACGACUUAUAGCUCAGCGAACAUCAAUCAACCGGCUAUUGUCACCGUCGAUGUCCCAUCAGGUUGCACUAAAAUGCAUACAGGAACCAGUGCGUCAGCUCCAUUGGCUGCUGGUAUCAUAGCGCUGGCACUCGAAGCCAACCCUGACCUCACUUGGCGAGAUAUGCAGCACAUUGUUCUCCGGACAGCUAAUCCUACACCGCUUCUGGGAAAUCCUGGCUGGUCGCAAAAUGGUGUAGGACGGAUGAUCAGCAACAAGUUUGGUUACGGUCUGAUGGACGGUGGUGCCCUUGUAAAGUUGGCGAAGACAUGGAAAACGGUUCCCGAACAGCAUAUCUGCACGUAUGAGUACAAGCUGGCAGCUCCAAACCCUCGUCCGAUACAGGGUCGUUUCCAAAUGAAUUUUACAUUGGAAGUGAAUGGAUGCGAGUCUGGAACGCCCGUUCUCUAUUUAGAACAUGUGCAGGUUCAUGCGACUGUGCGAUACUCGAAACGUGGUGACUUGAAACUCACGCUUUUCUCACCGUCUCGAACGAGAUCAGUCUUACUGCCUCCUAGACCUCAGGAUUUCAAUAGCAAUGGCUUCCACAAAUGGCCUUUCCUCUCAGUACAACAAUGGGGUGAAGAUCCACGAGGAACGUGGGUUCUCAUGGUCGAAAGUGUGACCAAUAACCCGACAGCCUCUGGCACUUUCCAUGAUUGGACGCUACUUUUAUACGGUACGGCUGAUCCAGCUCAACCAGGUGAUACAGUUCAUCCACCAACACCAGUACCCUCUCAAUCGGUGCUGACUCGGAUACAUCAACUUACGAGCCAGAAGUUUCGGAAGCGUCCGAUGGCAUUCUCACGCACCCGUCAAUUCUCGAUACCGGGUGCUGCGACAGCGCCACAACGAUCGCCGUUUGUGCGACCGAGAACUCAGCGCCCGUUUCAAAGCAACCAGCUGUCUGGCAGAUGGGUAUUCAGCCCGAGGUCACGCCAGUGGGUCUGGAUAACGUUUCCCGUUAUGUUGAUGGUCGUUCAAGCGGUCGUACUGGUAGUGAUUGCGACAUCGGCGGCGAUCGCUUGCCGUCGCGCUACACCAUCUCUUCCUUCAUCUACACCGCUUCCUCCAACUUAUCCAGUGAUGAUCGACGAGUCCUGUACCUCUUCCUCCACUGCCGGCUCUAACGGUAUUGAUGAAGUCGAGCCGCUGACGUUCGGUGACCUUCGCUCUGUGGGUGAUUGCCAUCCGGAAUGCGAUGGCGGAUGUACGGAAAGUCAAUCGGCUGUGGCAUGCUUCCGAUGUAAACAUUUCACACAAACACUCCGAAACAAAGCUGGCAAUGGCCUUCAGAGUGCCGUGUGCGAAAUCGUGCUGGAGCACACCUUUCGUUCACGUGGCGAAUUCACUCUCAAAAUGAUGAGACAAAUUUGGUGCAAGCACGCUGUGUUCUACGUGAGGAACGAUGUGGAGAUGGGGUACUACCUUAACUCUAUAGGAAAAUGUGAUCAGUGUGAUGGAGCGUGUGCUACGUGCAGUGGCCCAGGCAUAUUGGGUUGUACAACAUGUGCAUCGGGCUAUGGUAAUCGCUCCACUGGCUACUGCAAGCCUUGCUGUAAUGAAGGAGAGACGUCAGAUAAUUACCGAUGUGAAGACUGCUCUCCAAAUGCAAAAUAUCCCGAUCGUAGCCACAGGAGCUCAGGCUUCUUCUGGUCCUUCGUAUGGGUAAUGAUCAUUAUGUUUCUGUUCUCCUUUGUCGGCUGUAUUGCAUAUUGCCUGUUGAGGGACGACCGCAGUCAAAUUGACUACACACCAUUGCCUCAUUACAAUAGCCAAACAGGAGAGGUUCAUAUUUUGGACUCAGAUUCUGAUGAGGAUGACGAGUUGUACGAGGCGAAACACGUUGAAGUUUGA